CACGGGGCGGCAUCGGCUUGAAGGCGAAGCUUCAGCAGAGGGCGGGGCUCGAGGAACAGCGGAUUUACAAGUGGUACGUGAAGCACGCGGGCGUCGCAUCUGAUCAUCCGACAGUUGCCGCAGCCCUGUCGGAGCUGGACGCCCUGGUCAAUGACUCCCUCGGCCCGGCAGCGCGCCUGACCGAGAGGGGUGGCGAGGCUGCUGCCUGCGCGGCGCCGUUGCAGGGCGAGUCACGGCCUGGCCAGUCGACGCCGGCAGCUCGAGGGGUUGUCCCGACGGCCUGCUCGGCUGGACAUGGCCUGGCGGCUGCAGCAGCGGCCAAGGCGUCUCCCGCUUCAACGCCGCCCAUCGGCAUCGAAGAGACCCCGGCGAAGAGGCCUCGCCUGUUCGCCGACGGGCUCGGUGCGACGCCCGCGCGGACCACCGGCGGCCUGACGCCUGCCACCGCGGAGGCCUUGGCAAGGUCGUGCCGCAAGAGCCCGUGGGAGUCCCCGUUGGUCGACGAUUCCGUGAGGCUUGCUCGCCCAAAGAAUCCCGCGAGAGGUGCCUCGCGGCCCGUCGAGCGGCCGCGCUUGCGCCCGCGGGAAGAGGAGCGCCUCCUGGCGGCAGUGCCGCGGAAAGCUGUGAAAGAUCUGUACGCGCACGUCCGCGACGAGGCGCGGCGCCGAGGCAACGGAGAGUACCUCCCGCUGAUGAAGGAAAACUCAGCCAAGUACAAUCAGAUGCACUACGUGUCGAAAUUGCAUAGGCGCGGCGAGCUCCAGGCGGCCGAGUACGCUCUGUUGGCGCACCAGCCCCACAUUAUUGGCCCAGAGCUCUUCGGCGCAGUGGAGAAGGUGGAGUGCUCUGCCGCAGUGCCCCCCUCGAGCAGCAGCGCCUGGCGGUGGACUUUCAAGCCGGCAGGAGUUGACGUGGAAGGGCCGCAGGUCGAGUCUCGGGCCGAGGCAGCGCGAGCUCUGGCUGGGCUGCAGGCGCGGCUGUACCCCGAGUGGCAUCACCCAGGCACUCGCGAGCAGCACCUCCGCGCCCUGCUCCGCGACGACGAGCGACAGCAGCAGCUGCGCGGCCUGCUCGCUCAGCCUGGCAUGCGGUUCGCCAGAGCGGCCGGGCUGGAGGCAGCCGCGUCGGGGCCUCGAGACGGCCGCGCGGGCGCCGCUGGCUUCCCCAACCUGGCAAACGCGUGCUACGUCGGUGCCGUGGUGCAGUGCUUGUACCACACGCACCCCUUCCGCAGUGACAUCGAGGGCUUGCAGCCGGGCGCCAGCAACAUGGGGGACCGCCUGCGGGACCUGUUCUGUGCGCGCAGCUCCUCUGCCUCCGCGGCCGGCGACAUUCGCCCGCCGUUGGUGGCCCUUGUCCGUCAGAUCUUGCAUCAGCCGCCAGGCUUUGAGCCCGGUCGCCAACAGGACGCGGCGGAGUGCCUAAUGCGCGUCCUCGAGCACGCGGACCUCGGAGGAGUGCGGCGCCGCGUCUGCGGGGACGGCGCGGCCACGAGCGUCGAGGGCAUGGUGCACUGCUGCGCCGCCGAGGAGGCCCAGGUGGGUCGCGACGCGCCGCCCGUGUCCAUGGCCGCCAUGAUCCAGGCGUCCCUCACGGGCGAGCAGGCCGUCCGUGAGGCUUCGGAGGCAGUGGUCCUCCGCGUGGAGAGCAUGUACGAACAGGAUGGCAGACAGUUCGCGGUGGACGCGCGGGCGGACUGGCGGGACACUGUCUUCCCCGUCAGCAUUCUCAACGGACGGAUGCGCGGCGGCCACUACGUCGCCUACGUCAACAAGGGCGGGCGCUGGUUCGAGCUCGACGAUGCCGUCGUGACGGAGCUGCCUGAGCCGCCUGACGCGUAUCCGUACUUGGUCUUCCUGGCCCGCGCGAGGCCCAGACGGUCGAUUCCGAUGGGCGGGAAGCGGCGCGACCCUCGCGGGCCUGACGACGCUCUGGAGGCUGCUGCCAGGCUGUCGCGAGUGAUGCCUGCGGCGUCGGGAGGGGCCGCUGCUGGCUUAGCAUCCGGAUCGGGCAGCGGCAGCCGCGGCUUGCCACAGGCUGCAGGCUCAGCGGCUGGUCAAGGCCGGACAGGCAGGGACUGGAGUGGCAGAGACCAGUCUGGUAGAGACGAGACUGGAAAGGACCAGACUGGUAGGAACCGCAGCGGUCAGCCAAGGGGCAUUGCUGGAGUGCACCCAGCUGCCAGGGCCGUCUGGAACGCUUCAGCUGCCGCGGACAACAGAGACCACACCCGGGCAGACCCCGAGAACAGCGCGGACAACCCUUUCAAGCGGUACGUGGAUAACUGGGAUCUGCGACGCACCAGCGCAGAUGUGAAAUGCCGCACCUGGUCGCAGAGGGCCGAGCCGUCGGGCCCCCAGCCGUGCCGGCUCUGCCAGGGCCGAGACUUCGCGUUCCGCGAAGAUUGGAAGAAGCACGUGGACGACGAGCACGGUGGCGUCCAGCGCUACCGCAACGCUCUCUUCUCGUCGCUGUCGCUGAAGCCCUAUGUUGUCAAGGGAGAGGAGUGGCGCGCGAUCGUGGCCAAUUAUGCGGAGUUCUACGCCAGGGCCGCCGUGGACUGGGAGAAGCCGACUGAGCGCAUGCGUGAGCUCGCUCAGACUCCCGAGGGGUUGUCUGCAGAUGAGCGCUGGGCGCCCCGGACCCGCUGUGCGUGCGUCUUCUGCGCCAGGCUGCACUGGUCCGAGGACCUCUCCUUGGAGUUCCUAGCAGGCAAGGACUGCUUCAUGAAGAACCCCGAGGCCGUGGCCAAGCUGUUGUCUUGGGAGGUUUACCACAAGCACUGGCCCGACAUCCCCGAGGCCGAGCUCCGCGCCUCCGCCGUGCGUCUGCGCAUUGGGAACACGGACACAUUCCAACUUGUCCUCAUGCACAAGCGGCGGGUGACGGAUGCGCAGGCGUUGGGCGACGAGCGGGCCCCGGUGUGCGAGGAUUGCCUGUGCGCGUUCUCUCCCCGCCACCCGCGCAUGUGCAAGUUCACCUUCGCUAACCACUUGUGGCUCGGCAGGAAUGACCCGCUCUUCCGCAAUGCCAACUUGUCGCACCAGAUGCUCCUCGCACUCGCCCGCGUCGUGACGACCAAGGUGGUGCUGCGCCCCGAGAGCUACGACAAGCAGCGCAGCGGCGACGGGCCCACGUGGGACUUCCUCUUCCACCAGACGGGCAUGGUGGGCUCCGCAAUCCUCUUCGGGAACGCGUCGUGCAAGGAGGCCAUGGAGCGUUUCCCUCCGGCUUCCAUCAAGGACGCCUUCGCGGUGACUUUCCUGGCAGCCAAGCAGGACGCGGCGAAAGAGCAGCCGCCAGACGGCUCGGAGAAUGCAGCAGGACAGUGGCGCCGCGAGGGUCUGGCUGGCGACGCCGCCAGGCAGCAGGACGCCGCCCGGCGCGCCGUCCGGGGCAUCGCGCGCCUCAAGGUGAACCGCGCCGAGUUUGACUCGCAGGCGCAAGCGCUGCAGUCCACGAGCGUCGUCUACAAAGACAAGGAUUACGACGAGGCGCUGGUUGCCCAGUGGUGCCCCAACCCGCUGAUUCCUGAGGUGCCCCCGGUGGUGUUGGACAGCGUCGUGGCCGUGCCGUUGGAGGAUUCGCCCGGCGCCGUCGUGGCCGCGGGACCAGCCGACGCCACAGCGGCCGGGGCGCAGGAUAUGGAAGACGCAGACGUUCAGGCGUGCAAGGAAUCCCGGUACGUGAGCGCGUUCAGCGAGGAGGACAUCCCGGGCGCGGCCGCCUCGGCGGGGGCCUUGGAGGUGACGGCGCUGAUCAAGCAGCUGGAGGAGCUGGACGCGACAGCGCAGCGCUCAGUGGCCAAGGAGACAGAGCACGCCAUCGAGUCAGGCAGCGCGCUGCUGGACGAGGCGGGCAGGGAGCGAGUCUUGCAGCUCUGCGAGUCCGUUCGAAACCGCGCUGCUCGGUUGUCGCGCCCGGAGCGGGAGCUGCGGCUGCAGGAGGACCUCGCGCGCGCCGCGCUGGGCGAACCGGUCAGGCCUCGACAGGCGGGGGGGGCCGAGGCGACCAUGGCGAACCUCGAGGUGACGCGCGGCACGGCGCCCCUGUCGCUGUUCGAUUGGAAGGUGUGGACGCAGGCGCGCCCGAGCCUGUGGCGCUACGGCGACGCCGGUCACCUGGACCCGAAACGAACGGGGACCUACCCGCAGUUGCUCGCCCACGAGUGGAUCACGGGCCUGUGCAUGCGGGAGGAGAUGGAGUACACUCUGGACACCGACGAGGAGAAGCCGUACCGCGUGCGGGAGAACGACGACGAUCCAGAGGUCAACCGGUUCGCGGCGGACUGGGUGUCGUUGCACAUGUUCGCCACGUUGCACUUCUUGACGGAGCGCCACCAGUCCGCCUUCGCCUUCCUGAAGAACGGAGGCAUGAAGUGGGCCGAGAAAGUGCAGCACCUCACGCCGGAUGCCCUGGCGGCGGCCGCCCGCGCUCACGCGGGUGGCGGCGGCGUGGCGGCUUUGGCAAGCAACGCCAACGUGCCCAACGUGGUUCGGGACGCCCUGAACAUCAUGCAGAUGGCCGUCGCGGACGUUGUCGGCACCGACGGACAUCGGCGCCUCUGCCGCCACGAGGGGGUUGCCUACAUGGCGCUCUUCGGGUGCCCCUUGAUCUUCGCCACCCCGAACGUAGCGGACACGAAGCAGCCACUGUUCGUCAGGGUGGAGGGCCAGGAGAUCCCGCUCGACGACCGGAGCAUUCCAGGCCUGCGCAGCGACGUCAUCCCAAAGUACCGAGACAUGAUGCGGCGCGUCGCCCAGGACCCGGUCGGCCAGACCGUGUGCUUCGAGCUCAUCAUGCGCCUCUUCUUCAUCCACGUCCUCGGCGUCCGCCCCGAGUGCGUGGGCGGCCGCCGGCGCGGCGUUCCUCCCAGGAAACGCUGCUCCUGGGACUGGUGCACCGACGGCGUGGCGGCGUCCUCGACCGCCCCGGGGAUCUUUGGGCCCGUGCAAGCUUUCCGCGGAGAGAUCGAGGCGCAAGGUCGGGGAUCGCUCCAUCCGCACAUCCUGGUGUGGUUGUGCGCCCUCUCGACGCGGCAGCUCGUGCACGUGCUCCGACGCCAUCCUGCCGCUUUCCGAGAGCGCCUGGGCAAGUGGAUGAGGGCGUGCGUCAUGGCCGUGGAGAGCACCUGCCAGAGUUCCGUAGAGGUGUUGCCGCGGCGUUUCGGGCACGUCGACCAGCGCGUGGACCCGCUGCCAUUCUCUGUCAUCAAACGAGACCAGUCGCGCUUCGACGGGGGCAGCGAGCUGGACGCGCUCCGCGAAGAGAAGCAGGCGGGCGCGGAGCUGACCGAGGACCAGGAGACCUUCCUGGAGACCGAGGACCGGGACUCCUGGCUCCGGCCCGAUCUGCCGUUGCGGGACGCCACAGGCCGCGAGUUGGCGCCGGGGGAGAAGGCACCGCCGCGGCCGUCCUCAUACGGCAUGCCCAUCGAUGCUUUCGCCGUGGGGAAAUGCCCCGCGUACCGGCGGCGCGGCCUCGUGCAGCAAGACACCGGCGCGGGCGAGCCGGCGGCCCGCGGGGUUGUCCCAACGGUCUGCUCGGACGCGCCCGCGGCUCAGUCGGGGCAGCAAGGACUCGGCCAGACGACACUCGCCGCGGACGAGGAGGCGCCGCCCCCGCCGCCGCCCCCGCCAGGAACGGAAGAGAAUCGUGAGGUCUGGGAGCGCCUCUUCUCGAGGGACGUCCGGGAGCUCGCCAAGGAGACGAUGACGCACGUGUGCGGAGAGAGCUGCUACAAGUACUCGGGCAACAAGACCACGAAGAUCUGCCGCCACGGCUUCUACUACAUCGUCACGCUUGCGGAUUGGCGCAGGCGCAGGCGAGGGAAGCCUCUGCGGAACGCCAUGUUCGUGGUGCGAUCCUCGACGCACGGCAUGCAGGGUCGUCUGUUGCACUUCCAGCUCCACCCGUCUGAGUGCAUUACCAACUACGCCGGCGCCGCGGCUGGACGCUUCAACCUGGACGCGCAGGACCUCCGACGAGUCAGCGACCCCAAAGCGUGGUUGGACGAGGGCGAGGUGCUCCCGCACGUCGGCUCGCAACCCAAGCUGGGGUACAUGGGCACGUACGAGCUGGGCGAUGCCGACGCUUACGUCAACCGCCCGGAGGUUCCGGAGAAGCCGCUCGCGUGGACGGACGACUGCUCGCCGGAGGAGUGGCGCGACAUUAUGCUGCAGUGCCAGACGGAGGACGCGGAGGGCGAGGACGCGGAUGACGCGGACGCCGCGGACACCUUCGCGGACCAGCUGGAACUGGAUGCCCAGGCAGCGUUCAGCGACGGCCUGAACACGGGCUUCUACAUCAACUCCUACACGACGAAGCAGUGCCCCAGCAUGGAGGGCGUCCUCGUGGAGAUGCGGCGCGGCCUGGAGCGGCUGCAGAGCGCUCGGGGGUAA